AUGGUGGAAAUCGGCGGAAAGCCCAUUAUCUGGCACCUAAUGCAUGUCUAUGCCGCGCACGGCUUUAAAGACUUUCUGGUUGCCUGCGGCUACCGCGGGGACAUUAUCAAGGAGUAUUUCCACAACGCCUACAUUCACAACAACGACUACAUCGUCAACUUGAACGAUGGCUCGAUCGAGACGGUCGACUCAGGCAGAGUCGAUUGGCGGAUUGGGGUCUUCGACACAGGGCUGGAAACACAAACCGGUGGUCGGCUGCUGAACCUGCGAAAGCACAUCGGCAACAGUCGGUUCAUGGUCACUUAUGGCGAUGGGCUGAGUAACGUGAACGUGCGAAACUUACUUGCUUUUCACGAGUCGCAUGGCCGCAUCGCCACGGUCACGGCAGUUCGCCCCCCUGCCCGAUUUGGUUCGCUGGCACUCGAAGGCGACUCAGUCCGCGAGUUCGCAGAGAAACCCCAAGCCGGCGAAGGUUGGAUCAACGGCGGUUUCUUUGUCUUCGAACCGGCCAUUUUCGAUUACCUCGCAGGCCCGCAGACGUUGCUCGAGCGAGAGCCGCUGGAAGGGCUAGCUGCAGAAGGACAGUUAAUGGCUUUCAAGCACGACGGUUUUUGGCAGCCCAUGGACACACUCCGUGAUAAACGACUUCUCGAGUCGCUGUGGGCUAGUGACCGUCCUGUAUUGAUCACCGGCGCCACGGGCCUUCUCGGCUCGGCCUUGGUGCGGAAGCUUGUCGAGUUUCGUGCCCUGCCAGUGUGCUUGGUCCGCGAUUGGGUCGGGCGAAGCCGCUUCAACCAGGAUGAACUCGAUCGAAGAACGGUCGUGGUGCGGGGGCAACUCGAAAAUCUCGAGCUGUUGCUCCGCACGGUGAACGAAUACGAGAUCGAUACCGUUCUCCACGUCGGAGCUCAAACCAUCGUCGGGACGGCGGCGCGUUCUCCGUUGUCGACGUUUGAAAGCAAUGUGCGGGGCACAUGGAACCUAUUAGAAGCCUGCCGCCUGUGCCCGCGAGCAGUGUCUCGGAUUGUGAUCGCCUCAAGCGAUAAAGCCUACGGGGAACAGAGCGAGUUGCCCUACACAGAGCAGUUUCCGCUGCGGGCCCAAUUCCCCUACGACGUCUCGAAGGCGUGCGCCGAUAUGAUCGCGAUGUCGUACUUCGCUACCUACGGACUGCCGGUGGCGAUCACGCGUUGCGGCAACCUAUAUGGCGGGGGCGACUUGAAUUUCAACCGGCUCGUGCCCGGCACCAUUCGCUCGGCAUUGCGGAACGAGGCUCCCUUGAUCCGUAGCGAUGGGACCUACAUCCGCGACUACUUUUACGUGGAGGACGCCGUCGAAGCCUAUCUACAUCUGGCCGAGUCGUUACCGCGAGAAGGCGUGGUCGGCGAGGUGUUCAACUUUGGCAAUGAAUCCCCCGUCUCGGUCCUGGAGAUGGUCAAGCUGAUCUUGGAGGCGACUGAUCGGACCGACUUGAGCCCCAAAGUGCUGGGUGAGGCCAGCAAUGAGAUUCUCAGCCAGUACCUCGACUGCGGAAAAGCUCGUUCCGUGCUCGAUUGGAACCCACGCCACACUUUGCUCGAGGGGCUGAAAGCGACCGUUGCCUGGUAUCGCGAUCACCUCAACGGCGAGUAA